AUGAAAGCUCGUGCACUGCUUUCUCUGGGAUACUUCUGCUUGUCGCUACUUUUUUUCCAGGAGGUUUUGUCUCAGUUCCCGAGAGAGUGCGCCACUGUUCAGGCAUUAAGAAAUGGUGUAUGUUGCCCAGAUUUGUUCCCCUUCUCUGGACCUGGGACUGAUCCCUGUGGCUCCUCAUCAGGCAGGGGCAGAUGUCAGGCAGUGACUGCAGACUUCCGGCCCCAUAGUCCCCAGUACCCACAUGACGGCAGAGAUGACCGUGAGGGCUGGCCCAUGCGGUUUUUCAAUAGGACAUGCCAAUGCAAUGGCAACUUCUCAGGAUACAACUGUGGGACUUGCCGUCCUGGGUGGCGAGGAGCUGCCUGUGAUCAGAGGGUCCUCACAGUCAGGAGGAACCUUCUGGAGUUAAGCACAGAGGAAAAGAGCCGCUUUGUCCAGGCCCUGGACAUGGCCAAGCGCACCAUUCACCCUCAGUUCGUCAUUGCCACCAGGAGAUCAGAAGAAAUACUGGGGCCAGAUGGAAGCACGCCACAAUUUGAGAAUAUUUCCAUUUAUAACUACUUUGUUUGGACUCACUAUUAUUCAGUCAAAAAGACCUUUCUCGGGCCAGGCCAGGAAAGCUUUGGUGGUGUGGAUUUCUCUCAUGAGGGACCAGCUUUUCUCACCUGGCACCGAUACCACCUGCUGCAGUUGGAGAGAGAUAUACAGGAAAUGUUGCAGGACUCUUCUUUCUCCCUACCUUACUGGAAUUUUGCAACUGGGAAGAACGUCUGUGACAUUUGCACCGAUGACUUGAUGGGAUCAAGAAACAACUUUGAUUCCACUCUUAUAAGUCCCAAUUCAGUUUUUUCUCAAUGGCAAGUGAUCUGUGAAUCCUUAGAAGAUUAUGAUACCCUGGGAACCCUUUGUAACAGUACUGAGAGUGGACCAAUUAGGAGAAAUCCAGGUGGAAAUGUGGCUAGGCCAAUGGUGCAACGGCUUCCUGAACCACAGGACGUAGCUCGGUGCUUGGAAGUUGAUUUGUUUGACACACCUCCUUUUUAUUCCAAUUCUACAAAUAGUUUUCGAAACACAGUGGAAGGUUACAGUGAUCCCACAGGAAGGUAUGACCCUGCUGUCCGAAGCCUUCACAACUUGGCUCAUCUGUUCCUCAACGGAACAGGGGGACAAACUCAUUUAUCUCCAAAUGAUCCUAUUUUUGUCCUCCUACACACUUUCACUGAUGCAGUCUUUGAUGAAUGGCUAAGGAGAUAUAAUGCUGAUAUAUCCACAUUUCCACUGGAAAAUGCCCCUAUUGGUCAUAACAGACAAUACAAUAUGGUGCCAUUCUGGCCUCCAGUUACAAACACAGAAAUGUUUGUCACUGCUCCAGACAACCUAGGAUACACUUAUGAAGUUCAAUGGCCAAGUCGGGAUUUUAGUAUUUCUGAGAUUAUCACCAUCGCGGUAGUUGCUGCUUUAUUGCUAGUUGCCAUCAUCUUUUUGGGUGCUUCUUAUCUGAUUCGUACCAGAAACAACAUGGAUGAAGCAAAUCAACCACUACUCACUGAUCAGUAUCAACAGUACUCUGAGGAAUAUGACAAAAUACAGAAUCCUAAUCAAUCUAUGGUCUGAUAAUAAGAUAACAUAUCCUCUUAUGCUUUAGAAUCACAAAAACACGUGUUCGAAAAAGAAUAGAUUGAGUUACUAUUUCCAUGUUAUUUCACUGAUUUUAUUUCACAUAUAUAUACAUAUGUUAGAAUAAGGUACCCAAUCAUUAUCUUCUAAAGUUUGGAAGAGUUAUACACUGUCUUUUAAUGGGUCCUAUGUUUUAGUUUUGUUUUAUUAUUUUAUUGCUUUUGUCUUUUGGGCCAUACCUGAAAUGUUUAGGGGUUAUUCCUAAGUUUGUCUGCACUCAGGAAUUACUCCUGAAAGUGUUCAGGUGACUAUAUGGGGCACUGGGGCUUUAACCCAGGUCAGCUGCGAGCAAGGAAAGCAUCCUAACCACUGAACUCUUUCCAACCUCUUUAGUUCUAUUUUAGAUCACAUCAAAUUCAUAAUACAUAGGUGAAGAUCUUUGGCAAUUUUUCUUUUGAGUUUUGAGCUACAACUAGCAAUGUUCAGGGCUUACUCUGGCUCUGUGUUCAGCAACCACUCCUGGCGUACUCAGGGAACCAUAUUUGGUGCCUGGAAUUGUACCCAGGUUGUUCACAUGCAAGGCAAGUACUUUACCUGCUGUACUGGCUCUUGUGCCUCCUUGCAUAUUUUAAAGGUUGACAAUCUAAGAGUGCAGUGGUUAGUAGUGUAUGUCAAGUUCUGGAUUUUGUGUGUGUGUGGUAAAAAAAUUGUGACUGAAUAAAUUACUAUGAAUAUAUAUUUCUACACAAUUUCACUCACUGACACUAGCAGAUCAAAGGAACCUUUUUAAAUUUUUUAAUUAGGUGGAGCUGUAAAUGAAAUCCCAAUAAACUUUUUCAAGCUGUCUUUUACAUUGAGCAUCAACAUAUUUUGUUUAGUCUAUAGUUCAAGGCCACAACAAAAUCAAAACUGCUAUAUUUAAGAGAGUGUUUAUAUUCUUUUAUGUUUAUCAUUAUGUGUCCUUGCCUCCUAAACCACUGAAAAGCAUAGUACCCAUUUGUAAUCUAACCUUUUCUGUCAUCUUCUAACAUCUCAAAGUCUAUAUACACAUACAAAUAGGUAUAACAAUGAAGAAUGAGCAUCAGUGUUAAAUAUACAUUUAAUUUCUUGUGUCUAAUUCAAAUAUCAUUUUACUAUUAUUUAUCAGGAGUUCAUGUAUUUAAAAAAUAAAAUGCUAAGAUACUAUUUCAGUAGUCGAAUUUUACUCUUAUUUUCUAUCUUCUAUCUUUUAGCAUCCAGUACAUUUCCUCUUUUUGAUUUUGUGCAACUGCAUAAUUAGAAUACACAAAGUCAGAAA